GAAUUGCUUAUAGCUUCCAUUGCAAGAAACAGCGAACGACAGGCAGUCGCUGUGGAGCCGCGUUGUAGUUGUCAACGGCGGGUUUAAGGAUUGUUUUAACGGAUUUUAAAACAGCUUUUAUCUCUUUUGUCUUAUACGUUUAGCUAGCUGUUUACCAUGCCAUCCAGGACUUCCCUGUCUCUGCCAGAGGAUGUCAGGAAAAGGCUGCAGGUGCUUGAUGCAGAUGGAUUUUCGGACGAGGAUCAUGUGAAAGAGAAGCUGAGGUUGGUGCAGGAUUUCCUGCAUGUCGAUGCUCAGGACCAGCUGACCAGUCUGGAAGAAAAGAUGAAAAGUUCAGAGAUCUCAAUGGAGGUCUACAUCUCUAAAGUAAAGGCCUUGCUGGGAAAAGAGCUUCAUCUUGAAAAUGGCACACAUGUUGAUGCCGUAGAGCAGAAUGGAAAGACAAAUGGCUUCACAAAUGGUUGCCACAAAGAUGAGGACAGUGAAGAUGUAACCAUGGACGUUCAGGAGGAAGAGGAGGCUGUCAAGUCACCAACUGCUCCCAAGGGGAAGGGUGGACGCAGGAGCAAGGCAAAUUCUGACACCAAAAAGUCUCCAGCCAGUACCAGGGUUACAAGAAAUGCUGGGAAACAGCCAACCAUCUUGUCAAUGUUCUCUAAAGUUCAAAAGCGCAAGUCUGAAGACUUGAAUGGAGAAGCUACUAAUGGACAAAAUGAACCGAAGAAAGAGGAAGAUGACGUUGAGGAGUCUCGGGAGGAGAAGCGUCUCAAAGUGGACUCAGAUGAAAUUGCUGUUCCAGAAGAAUCAAAGAGUGAGAUUAAGCCAGUUUCUGCUGCAAAGACACCACCACCCAAAUGUUCAGACUGCAGACAAUACUUGGAUGACUCAGAUCUCAAGUUCUUUCAAGGGGACCCUGAUAAUGCACUGGAUGAACCAGAAAUGUUAACAGAUGAGCGCCUUUCCUUGUUUGACUCAAAUGAGGAUGGAUUUGAGAGCUAUGAGGAUCUGCCACAGCACAAGAUUACAAACUUCAGUGUGUAUGACAAGCGUGGCCACCUUUGUCCGUUCGACUCUGGACUAAUUGAGAAGAACGUGGAGCUCUACUUCAGCUGUGUUGUCAAACCCAUCUAUGAUGACAACCCUUGCUUGGAUGGUGGUGUUCCUGCCAAGAAGCUUGGACCUAUCAAUGCCUGGUGGAUCACUGGUUUUGAUGGUGGAGAAAAAGCUUUAAUUGGUUUCACUACAGCUUUUGCUGAUUACAUCCUGAUGCAGCCAAGUGAGGAGUACGGACCCAUCUUUGCACUGAUGCAAGAGAAGAUCUAUAUGAGCAAGAUCGUGGUGGAAUUCCUCCAGAAGAAUCGUGACGCCACUUAUGAGGACCUUCUCAACAAGAUUGAGACAACUGUGCCUCCUGCAGGGCUCAACUUCAACUGCUUCACUGAAGACACACUCCUGCGCCACGCCCAGUUUGUGGUAGAGCAGGUGGAGAGCUACGAUGAGGCCGGUGACUCCGAUGAGCAGCCCAUCAUUGUUACGCCCUGCAUGAGAGACUUAAUCAAGCUUGCAGGAGUCACUCUAGGGAAGAGGAGAGCUGCCAGAAGACAGGCCAUUCGUCACCCAACAAAGAUAGAGAAGGACAGUAAGGGACCGACUAAAGCGACCACUACCAAGCUCGUGUACCAGAUCUUUGAUACCUUCUUCUCUGAUCAGAUAGAGCAGAGUGAUAAAGAAGGUGGUGGGGCCAAAAGACAGCGCUGUGGUGUCUGUGAGGUUUGCCAAUCUCCUGAUUGUGGCAAGUGUACAGCUUGCAAGGACAUGGUCAAAUUUGGAGGAAGUGGCAAAAGCAAGCAGGCUUGUAAGCAGAGAAGAUGCCCAAAUCUUGCAGUAAAGGAGGCUGAAGAUGAUGAGAACAUUGAAGAGGAAGAUGUUCCAGUGGAGAAGUCCAAAAAGGUGUCUCAUGCUAAGAGGAAGAAGCAGACCCAAUGCAAACUGACAUGGAUCGGCGAGCCUGUUCAGACUGAGGGGAAGAAACAGUACUACAGGAAGGUCUGUGUGAAUGAUGAGGUGCUGGAGGUGGGCGACUGUGUCUCAGUUUCAUCAGAGGAUCCAACCACUCCUCUGUAUCUGGCAAGGAUCACAUCACUGUGGGAGGACAUCAAUGGAAAGAUGUUCCAUGCCCACUGGUUCCUUCGUGGGAUUCACACAGUGCUAGGAGAGUCUUCUGAUCCAUUGGAGCUUGUCAUUGUGGAUGAGUGUGAAGGCAUGCUGCUCAAUUAUGUGCAAGGCAAAGUUAAUGUCACGUAUAAGGCCCCAUCUAACAACUGGUUUAUGGAGGGGGGCAUUGAUGUUGACCUCAAGGUGAUUGAGGAUGACGGGAAGAGUUUCUUCUAUCAGUUCUGGUAUGACACAGAGUUUGCCCGCUUUGAGACUCCUCCCAAGACCACUCCAUCAGAAGACUGCAAGUUCAAGUUCUGUGGCAGCUGUGCUAGGACUAAAGAGAGAGAGGAACAGGAAAUUCCUCGUGCAUUUGAACCACUGGUGGACAAAGACAGCGACUCCAAGGCUCUGUAUGCUCUGGCCUGCUUUAAGGGGGAGCAGUUCAGGGUGGGAGACGGUGUCUACCUGCCUCCUGAGGCUUUUAAUUUCAGUAUGAAGCCAGCUAGUCCAGUGAAGCGCUCCCAUAGGAAAGAGGAUGUGGAUGAGGAGUUGUAUCCAGAAUAUUACAGGAAGUCCUCAGACUACAUCAAGGGGUCAAACCUGGAUGCUCCUGAGCCUUUCCGCAUUGGGCGCAUCAAGGAGAUCUUCUGUCACCGGCGUAGCAACGGGAAACCUGACAGCUCGGAGGUCAAACUGCGACUCUACAAGUUCUACAGGCCUGAGAACACUCACAAAGGUGUCAAAGCCAGUUACCACACAGACAUCAAUCAGCUAUACUGGAGUGAUGAAGAAGUGACUGUCAGCAUGACAGAGGUGCUCGGUCGCUGUAAAGUAGAAUAUGGAGAAGACCUGAAUGAAUCAGUCCAGGACUAUUCCAGUGGUGGACCUGACCGCUUCUAUUUCCUGGAGGCCUAUAAUGCAAAAUCAAAAAGCUUUGAAGACCCUCCAAAUCAUGCUCGCUCUGCUGUUCAGAAAGGCAAAGGCAAGGGCAAAGGGAAAGGUAAGGGCAAAGGAAAGGCAUCAGCUGCACAAGAACCACAGGACUCUCAGAAUGAACCACAGACACUCAAAGUGCCCAAAUAUCGUACACUGGAUGUGUUCUCUGGCUGUGGUGGACUUUCUGAAGGUUUCCACCAGGCUGGUAUCUCUGAGACUCUGUGGGCCAUAGAGAUGUGGGAGCCUGCAGCACAGGCCUUCAGGCUCAACAACCCUGGCACCACAGUGUUCACUGAGGACUGCAACACCUUGCUGAAGUUGGUCAUGUCUGGAGAGAAGACAAAUUCUCUUGGCCAGAAGCUGCCUCAGAAAGGUGACGUGGAGAUGCUGUGUGGAGGACCUCCUUGCCAAGGUUUCAGUGGGAUGAACCGCUUCAACUCACGCACUUAUUCCGCAUUCAAGAACUCGCUUGUGGUCUCCUAUCUCAGUUACUGUGAUUACUACAGACCCAAGUUCUUCCUGCUUGAGAAUGUGAGGAACUUUGUCUCAUUCAAAAGCUCCAUGGUCCUGAAGCUGACUCUACGCUGCCUUGUGCGCAUGGGCUACCAGUGUACUUUUGGUGUCCUUCAGGCUGGUCAGUACGGUGUUGCCCAGACCCGCCGCAGGGCAAUCAUCCUGGCUGCUGCUCCUGGAGAGGAGUUGCCGCGUUAUCCUGAGCCUCUGCAUGUGUUUGCUCCCAGAGCUUGCUCUCUGAGCGUGGUGGUGGACGAAAAGAAAUACGUCAGUAAUGUCACACGAGGUAAUGGAGGAAUCUACAGAACUAUCACUGUCAGAGACACCAUGUCUGACCUGCCAGAGAUUCGCAAUGGUGCAGCUGCUUUGGAGAUUUCCUACAACGGGGAGCCUCAGUCUUGGUUCCAGAGGCAGAUCAGAGGCACACAGUAUCAGCCAAUUCUCAGAGAUCAUAUCUGCAAGGACAUGAGUGCUCUGGUUGAAGGUCGGAUGCGUCACAUCCCCUUGGCUCCAGGCUCCGACUGGAGGGAUCUGCCAAACAUUGAGGUUCGGCUGAGAGAUGGCACUAUGACCAAGAAACUGCGUUAUACGCAUUCUGAUAAAAAGAAUGGACGCAGCAGCACUGGUGCACUCAGAGGUGUUUGCACUUGUGCAGGAGGGAAGCCAUGCGACCCUGCAGACAGGCAGUUUAACACCCUGAUCCCUUGGUGUCUGCCCCACACUGGGAACCGCCACAAUCACUGGGCCGGACUCUACGGCAGAUUGGAGUGGGAUGGCUUCUUCAGCACAACUGUCACCAACCCUGAACCCAUGGGCAAGCAGGGCCGCGUUCUGCACCCUGAGCAGCACAGAGUGGUCAGUGUGAGGGAGUGUGCACGCUCUCAAGGAUUCCCCGACACUUACCGCUUCUUUGGAAACAUCCUGGACAAACACAGACAGGUUGGGAAUGCUGUGCCUCCUCCACUCUCCAGGGCCAUAGGCCUGGAGAUUAAGAAGUGUGUCAUGGAGAGAAUAAAGGAAGAAAAAGCAUCAGAGAACAUCAAACAAGAGAAAAUGGAGGCCUCUGAUUAGUCCCUGGUUUCCUUCCCAGCAAGAAUCGGUUCCACAAAUCCUGACGCUGACAUAUCGGGAAAUCAUUUCUUUUACAUAAGCUGGCUUUCAACUGUGUCACUAAGUGGCUACCAUGGACAUUCUGUGCAGUGCCAUUCCAUAUUUUAAGUUUUAAAUGUGCUUUUAAUCAUGUUUGUUGAAAUGUUCAUCCAAUGUGGGAUAAAUUGUAUGUAGUUUUUUAUGUGUAAUGUUUCAAAUAAAGCUCUUAUGAAAUUGA